AUGGCCGGUACUAUUCAGCCCAUAGCUGCACUCACGGCCGAAGACCAUGGCCCAAUCAACACGAUCGUCUCUAUCGUUCUUCCAGUUACAAGUAUUCUCAUCGCAACUGUCCGCAUGGCAAUGCGGCGGCAAAAGUUCCAUCAGUUCGAACCUGAUGAUAUCGUAUUUGGUGUAGGACUCUGCUUUGGUGUCUUCACCUCCAUCUUGUCUCACUUCUGCGUCAGAGCAGGCCUAGGAAGACACCAGGACACGCUUGACGAAAAACAGGUAGUACAUUACUUUAAGCUUUUCUGGACGACACAAAUCUCGGGCGUUGUCACUCUCGCUCUUGCUAAACUAUCCCUCGUUGUCCUUUUUCAACGCAUCACUCCAAAACAAAUGGGACCUCAAACCAUCAGAUGGCUUAUGCCUAUGGUCGCUGUCUACACCCUACUUUCUCUGUUUUUGAUCGCCUUCCAAUGCCAACUACCACAGCCUUGGAUACUGAGUCCGAAAAACUGCUCUACACAUGGCAACGUGUACUACCCGAUCACAAUUUCUAACAUGUUGACCGACGCUGUGCUUGCCAUCUGGAUCUUUCCAAUUAUCUGGGGUCUGCAAAUGAAAGUGCAUACCAAGUCUGUUGUAUUUUGGUUAUUUGGAUCGCGUUUACUCAUUUGUGUGGUGGAUAUUGGGCGGAUGGUAGUUAUCCACAAAGCUCUUCAGUCGGAGGAUCAAACACGAUCCCAACUAAUUUGGGUCGUAAUGGAUCAAAUUGUUGUCCACCUUUCGAUUAAUCACGCCACACUACCUCGUAUUCAGACCUUCCUCUCCCACCUACAAAUCGGCGGCAUGAGCACGCAUAUGGGCGCAAGUCGGAGUGGUACACGAACGACGUCCAAAGGGAGAAGCAGCGCCGCCAAAACUAGUCAGAACCAUUUGAACGGAAACAAAGUGGAGCGGACCUCCGAUAAAGCUUGGAAUUCAUUGUGCAACCGUCUCACUGGGAGUCUCAACAGGACGCCUAGCAUCUCUGAACAGCCUCUUAGGCAGCAGCAGCAGCGAGGCAUUGAACUAUCCACAAUCAUAUACUCCGGGAAAGGCGAGGCUGAACAAAGACAUGUGGAGCAGGGUCGAUCAGCGGCUACAUCGUUAUCGAGCGAGGGCUUGACCAGAGAGGAAAGUACAGGCCGGCUAGGGGGUGUGAGGGUGCAAAGGGAUUUUCGUGUGGUUUAUGACCAAAUAUAA